ACCCUUUCUUUCAUUCGGUUGGGAGACAAAGUGAAGGGAGGCGGUUUGUAGGGUUUUUUUUGGUCAAUUCCUAGCUUGCUUUUCCCUUUUUGCUUUGCUUGCGCUUUUUUUCUUUUUUAUUGGCUUCAUUAUACCCCUUUUGUAUUUAUAAUAUUUUUUUAAAGAAGGGAAUCACGAUAAAUAUAUGAUUUCUGCUCCUUGAUUUUAUAAAUAGCUUGGCUUUGUGGGAAAAUCUACAUAUUGUUUUUUUUUUUUGUACUUUUAGGGAUUUUGUCCUGCAUAGGUUUUUUUUCGGCCUGCUUUGUUUCGCAAUUUGGUCUCCUACAUUUGCUUCUUUUGUUACAAUGGCGACAGCAACUUCAACCCCGGCUGGGCAAAGAAUAAGCACUCGUUCCAGCGCUGCUAGCACCCCGUUGAGCCCCACAAGGAUAACCAGGUUGCGGGAGAAAGAAGAACUGAGAAACCUGAACGACCGUCUGGCCAUUUAUAUCGAAAAGGUGCGGAGUCUGGAAUCGGAAAACAGCGUUCUUCAGCUGCAAAUUUCCGAGAAAGAAGAGGUGCGGAGCCGGGAGAUCACUGGCUUGAAGUCUCUGUACGAAACCGAGCUAGCAGACACCAGGAAAUCUCUGGAUGACACAGCCAGGGAAAGAGCCAGGCUGCAGAUUGAGCUGGGCAAGAUCAAAACGGAGCAUGAACAGCUACUCCAGAACUAUGCAAAGAAAGAAGCUGACCUUAUUGGAACUCAAGCCAAGCUGAAGGAACUAGAAGCGGCUUUUAACACCAAGGAGGCAGUGCUGGCCACUGCUCUGUUAGACAAGAAAUCCCUAGAGGCAACCUUGGCUGACUUGCAGGACCAGAUUUCGGAGCUGAGUCAGGACUUGGUUUCAGCCAAGAAGCAGCUUGAAGAUGAGACCCUGCUCAGAGUUGACCUGCAGAACCGCUAUCAGAGUCUUGGCGAGGAUUUUGAGUUCCGCAAGAAUGUGUAUGAUGAGGAGAUGAAGGACUUCCGCCGCAGACAUGAGACGCGGACGGUGGAGGUGGACUCCGGCAAGCAGAAUGAGUACGAGUUCAAGCUGGCGCAGGCUCUCGCUGAAAUGAGGCAGCAGCAUGAUGAGCAAGUGAAGCUUUACAAGGAGCAGAUGGAGCAAACUUACCAGGCCAAGCUGGAGAACACCAGGCUGUCUUCGGAGAUGAACAGCUCUUCAGCUAGCAUGGCUCAUGAAGAACUCAAGGAGACACGCUUGCGUGUGGAAAGCCUGUCUGCUCAGCUUGCCAGCCUGCAGAAGGAGACCCGUGGGUGGCAGGACAGGAUCGAUGAGCUGGAGGCAGCACUUGCCCAUGAGAAGGACAACAGCCGCAGGGUCCUGGGUGAGAGAGAGCGCGAGAUUGCGGACAUCAGGGAGAAGAUGCAACAGCAGCUGGAUGAUUACGAGCAGCUCCUGGAUGUAAAGCUGGCCCUGGACAUGGAGAUCAAUGCCUAUAGGAAGUUGCUGGAGGGAGAGGAGGAGAGGCUGAAGCUGUCUCCAAGCCCCUCCUCUCGCGUGACGGUCUCACGGGCCUCCUCCAGCCGCAGUGUGCGCACCACCCGCGGCAAGAGGAAGCGCGUGGACGUGGAGGAGUCCGAGGCCAGCAGCAGUGUCCGCAUCGCACACUCGGCCUCCGCCACCGGCAACGUCUGCAUCGAUGAGCUGGAUGUGGAUGGCAAGUUCAUCUGCUUGCACAACACCUCCGAACAGGACCAGCCAAUGGGAGGCAUGGAACUGACGAGAACAAUUGGUGAAACGUCGGCCACCUUUAAGUUUAACGCCAAGUUUAUUUUAAGAGCAACCCAGAAAGUAACAAUCUGGGCCAAUAAUGCUGGAGUGAGUGCCAGCUAUCCUACUGAUCUCAUCUGGAAGAACCAGAGUUCCUGGGGCACUGGUGAGGAUGUGAAAGUUGUACUGAAGAACUCUCAGGGAGAGGAGGUCGCUUACAGAACUACUGUUUUCAAGACCAGUGUGUUGGAUGAGCAGGAGAAUGAGGAGGAAGAGGAAGGGAUUGAAGUCGGCGAAGAAGACCUCUUUCACCAACAGGGAGAUCCACGAGCCUCCAACAGGAGCUGUUUGAUUAUGUAAACUUCUACACAACAUUUCUGUAUCAAAUCUAUUUUUUCUGCUGCCAACAGACCUUCAACAGAAGAAAACUAUUUUUGUAUCUUAGUUUUUAAUAGACCCUUUUUAAUUUUAUUUACAGUUCAAUAUAUGGGAGUGUUGGUAAGCCAUCUGGUACAUUCUUUUCUGUUUAAUGUGAAUCUUGUUAAAUGUCACAACUGGACAUUUGUAAAAGCAAGAACCUUUUUUUAAAAAAAUGAUGAAUACUAUUUUUGUAGACUAGUCAAAUUGUACCUGAGGUCUGUGAUGACUAGGCAGCUUGCAGAAUACAAACAAGUCACUCUUUGUCAAGGUGCUGUGAAAACAAUUUCAUUUACUUUUUUUACUGUAUAUUGUGAUUUUUUUAAAAAUAUUUUAAAGGCUCUUCCUUACUGAAAAUGUCUGGGGAAGAUGGUUAUUAAAACUGGUUUUAGUGUGGUAUUUCAGCAGUCAGAUGUUAGAUAAGCAGUUGCUUUUUUGGAAUGUAGAUAUUAGGCAUUUACUUGUGAAUCAAACUAUUUAAAAUUUGAAGUCUUUGUUUUCAUAGAAUUAAUAAAAGGGUUUUCUUCCUGGUAAGAGUCAUUUGAUUUGAUUUCAUGGAAUGCCUUUCGAACUAUACCAUUAUAACAAGUUAGUUUGAGGUAUUCAGAAUUUGGAAGAUAGAUCAUGUCCUCAUGUGGUGUUUGUCAGUCUGAAGAUUCUGUGCAAGACCACAAGAGGUCAGAGUGGAUAUGGGAGUUCAGUCACAAUGAUUAUGCAUGUGUGUCCAUGUGACCUGGACAGUUAAGUGCAAAUACUAAUCCUAGACCAACAGUGUGUGCCACAUUGGGCAAAGGGCAGAAAUCAACAGAUAACUUUGCAUCUGCUUAUGUAAUAGCUGACAACAGCUCAGUGUCAGAUUAAUUUAGUAAUUUACUCUUGUAUUUUUGAUCCAAUGUCAAUUGACAUCUUUUGGUUACCUAUUAAAAUAAAGCAAUUCUUAGCAAUUAACUGGUGAAUUAGAUGAUGUCUUUAUCUUGGGCAACUUCUUACUGACAUGAAUUACUGAAAUGUAGAACCAUUUAAGAAAACGUUUAUUCCAUGAAAAGAGAAGAAAAGAAAUGCGUUUCGGCUGUGGAGCCUUCUUUGAGGUGUGUGUUCACACCCCUUGACUCCUUGUGGUCUUGUAUCUUUGGGCGUUCACAGCCGAAAUGUUUUUCUUUUCACCAUAUAAUAAAUAUUUUCUUAAACGGUUCUACUGUACAUGUCAGUAAUUCAUUUGUGUGCACAUUGCCUUAGAUAGACAUCUGAAUCACUAGUUGAUUGCUAAGAAUUUACUUGUUCCUUUGUAGCCUACGCAUGCUGAUGCAACUACAGUACCUACUUCAGCCAUUUAAGAAAAUUUCCUAAUGCAACAGUUCAGUAUAUAAUUGAAAAACAUUUCAAGCUACAUUGCAGAAACUGGAAGGAAAUUGCCUCAGUUUUAGUGGACACCUUGAUGAACGGCAAUAAAUAAUGCUUUCUUUUACUGAAUGGAAGUAUUAGAGAGUGUAAUUCUAAACCACCAUGAGAGCAGGUAUUUGGGCCCAGUUUCAAGAAUAGUGACAUGCUUUUGAUUUGCUGUCUGGUUUCUGUACAUAGCCCUUAUUCAACAAUUCUACCUGUCUAAUCAUCCCAUUUAUACAGUAAGGCAUAGAUGAGGAAAAAUUAAGUUCUGAACUUUAAGCAGUAUUCCUAUGCAUUUUGUGUACAAGGGAUAUAUAUAUAAUUGUUGCACUUCAGGAAUGAAGAGAUGUGUUAAGGUACAAAACAUUUAGGUUCCUGUUCUUUACAAAAACUGGCUUAAAGUUGCUAUACGUCAAUGUAAGCUUCUCCCAGUAUAUCCUGUUUUUAACUGAUGCUCCUGCAUUUGUUUGAAAAGCGCUAUCCCUUGUACCACCUUCUGGCAGUUAACUAAAAUAGCAGUGGAUUUAACCAAGGGUUAAACAAAUCAAUGGCAACUGAAUACAAUGAUAAAAUAUUUUGGUAGUGUG